UUUACUGAAGAAAAAUAAGCUCAUUAAUCCGGACUCAGCCUGACAUAGCAAAAGAAACAAGACAUAGUCUUAUGGUGAAAACCCUGGAUUUGGAGACCAUAAAGAAGAUGAAGAGGCACAUGGUCAGAGGACAAUUGUAUAAGCAUUUUGAUUUGGAGAGGAAGAAUGCCAAGCAGGCUGAAGCCAGACUGGACCAAAGGCUGCAGAGACUGGAGGAUAUCUGUCUCUACCAUGUGAAAUUGCUGACCUGGGAGCAGAGGCAGCUCCAAAAAGAACUGCAGAGGUUGCAGCAAGAAGCCAUGAAGAAAAAGUUCUCCUCUUAUUUGGGGAAUGGAAUUCAGAAGAGACCAGAAGAUGUUCUCAUGUUCUCACCACAGGGAGGGCAGAAGCACAGAGCCCCACAGGCUAAGAAAAUGAGAGCAUUGGCAACACGUAUGACCCAAGUCACAUACAAAAGCAAGUCCCAGGUGCCUCCUUCACAUGAUGCUGGCCUCAAAGACCCCAUGAAGAGCAAAAAGCAGCUACUCUCUCAAAAUAACAGAACUGCCUGCUUCAUAAAAGAGCAACCACAAGCGCAAGAGAAAGAUUCUGUGAAUCCACCGAAGGACGUAGACUCCAGCAAAGGCAUCUCUGUUCCGUGCCAAAAUCAAGAGGUUUCCACCAACACCAUAGAACAAGGUCCUAGUUCCAGCCCAGCUAGUGAUAGUGGAAUGGCUUGUGCUGAUGAGACCAGAUCAAAAGAUGUUGCUCUAAAGCCAGAUGGUAACACUGGAAAACAAAUUCCCCCAAAUCACAUGGAAUGUGCAGGAAGCUUCAAAGGCGAGUUCACAAAGCCAACCUUCUUAGAGUUGCUUUCAAAGGCCGGAAAUGCCCAUUAUCUCCGGCACAGGAUCCCCCCUGAGUCUGAGAGAUUGCUUAGCAUUGGGGAGAUAUUUGGGCAUGGGGAAUCCUCAUCGUCCAGGGCAGGAAAGGAGUGUGAAAACAGGGUGCCUUCUAAGUUUCUUCCUCUCUAACCAUUUAACAUAGCCUGACAAUAACAUAUGCCAUUAUUGCUAAGGAAAUGUGCUCCUCAAAUGACUAUAUUAAGCAAUACAGAGAAAAACAAACAAACAUAAUUGAAUUACAAUUUUAUUUUAAACUCCCUACUAUUUUCCGGGAAUAUAAUAUUUCUUGAAUGAACAAUGCUAAUAUAUGAAAAAGGAGAGGAGGAAUGAAUCUUCGGAAAAUAUUUUAAGUGAUGUGUUUAUGAUGUCAUCAAAUAUAUGAAUAUAUAUUGAUGACUGGACUUGGGAAAACAGUAAAAGGCUUGCUUUCAGGGACUUCCUGUUUCCUCUGGGAGAUUCUCAUGGUGCCACCUGCUGGCAAAACGGCGUAGCUAUUCUCUUUGUUUUAGUUUGAUACAUAGUAGCGGUAGGAAUAGGAAUGCGAUUGUAAAUAUGUACUGUAACAUGGUCUAUAAAGAAAAUCUGCUCUUUAACCAC